UGAGUACGAAAUAUAUGCCGGUAUUUUCUUUGCCAUCAGUAUAGAUAUAUGUACGAGCAGGAAAAGGUAAAUUCGAUCGUUGGAAUUUGUUAUUUAACCGGCUUAAAGUUUAGCGUUUGCUAUUGUUUUUCGAGUGUACAAACUUUUACGCAAGUAGUUUUGUGAAUAAUGUCAAGUCCACGGUGUCAGGGUGAUCCAGUUUUCAAGAUUGGAUUAUGGCGUCCAUGGACGAACGAAACAUCGAAUGGUCUGUACCCGAAAACGUUCUAAUAUCUAGAGUUAAUGCUGUCCCAUUGUUUGUAAACAGUAAAAGUGAGGAAGUAUGAUUGGGUUUGAAAAAGUAACCAAUUCCCACAUGAACGUAAAAAAUGGUAUGGGGUUACAAUUUUCCCGCCAAUGGAAGUCUCCCUCAAAUUGUGAGGCUAAUAAUUUUAAAUCAAAUAUUUAUUCGGAUCCGUUAUUGACUCCCUGCUAUGUGAAACUUGAAAGGCUUAGUGACGAAUAUAUCAAAGCAAUGACAGAAAGAUAUGAUGAUGAAAGUGAUCUGUUACGGUUAGUGAGAGUUUCUCCGGAACCGACAAUACCCACUUUAGGAAAGGCACAAAAUACAAAACGGGCAGGCGUUAUCAUGAAAUGUGCGCGUUGUCCAUUCAGAACUAAAAACAAAACCAAUUUUUUGUUACACAUCAAGAGAAUAAAUUAUAGUUGUCCAUUGUGUCCCUUCAAAGCAAAUUUGAAGUGUGCUAUUUUCGAACACCACCAUUCUUCAACACUCAAGCUACAAAAGGAAAAUGGCCUACAAAUGCCCACAUAUUUUUGUGAUUUUUGUCGGUACUUUUGUAAAGAUGGGGAGCAAUUGUUGUCGCAUUUAAAGACUCAUAAGACGACCAUCUUCAGUAGCACCUACUCUUGUAGCUAUUGUGAUUUUAAAGCUUGUUCAAAAUCUAAAUUGAAAGAUCACUAUGUUUAUAGCCACAAGAUGCUUUUUAGUAAUAUAAGAUUUGCUUGUGAUAAAAUUAACAGGUCUUCGUCAGAUGUUGAUCCAGAUAUUUUACAUAAGAUUAAAGAUGAAGCAAGUAUGGAAGAUCAGCAAGAAAUUAUUAGAAUUAAAUUCACAGACAGUCUAGUCGUUUUGAGGAUAAACCGGAUAUUUGUGGUAAAUCAGCAAACUGGCCCAACUGGCAAAACCGAAAUCAUUAUGGAUGUUAGGCAGAAACAAUUGGACGAAAACCAAGCCUUGGAAUGUGACAUAAUCAAAGAGACCUCAUAUUUGAUUAACUCUAUGCCGGAGGCCCCGCGGGUACCACAGAUCGACACCGACGUUUCGCGCGUCACGCAACCGCCAUCAGGUAGCGACCGAACUACCUUGCCGAUAAAGGGCGAGGACAAUUUAAGCCAGGAAAAUUGGUACCAGUGCAAAUAUCAUUGCUCCUUUAAGACACCUUCCAACGAAACGUUCCUGAAUCACACCAAGCCCGUGUAUUUCAAAUGCCCAAAAUGUCUGUUCUCGACCAAGAUUCGAUGCGACGUCUCACGUCACAUGAAGUCGCAUCUGGAAAAGGAUCUCAAGUGUGAACUGUGCAAGUACCAGGCCCAUACGACCACCGCUCUAAAGGAGCACGUCGCGUUGCACGACAGCAAUCUGGAGACGCCGGUGUUCAUGUGCGGCCUGUGCGACUACUUGUGCAUGGAAAAAGAGACUCUUUUGGAGCACUCUGGGAACGCCCACUUGUCGUCGGUCGCGACCGACAGGAUAUUUUGCGGCUACUGCAAGUAUGAGACGUCGUCCGAGGACAGCUUGACCGAUCACUACGUCGAAGUGCAUAAUUUCGUGCAGCAACUCAUGUUGAAAAGGCGACUGGCGGAAAUGCAGUACCUCAGGGACGCGAAGAAAAAACGCAACAUCGCCAAAAGAGGCGGCAACGUCGCGGAAAUUAAAAAAGAAGCGACGCGCGUUAUAUUGAAACGGACGCGGUAUAAAUGCGAGCAUUGCGAUUACGCGACGAUCGACCGGCUGAGAUUCAACAAGCACAAUUUCAAGCACCACAAAAAGGUACUCGCCAAAGUGUACAAGUGCUCGAAAUGUCCGUACGACACCGUGAAUCACAUCUCGAUGCGCAGGCAUUACACGUUCAAGCACAAAACGAAAAGGGGCGGGUCCGGCGAAACGUUAGAGUGCGACAUUUGCGGUUUCACGUGUAAAGAUGCCGCGUUGAUGGAGGUGCAUUCGUCGAAACACAAGAACGUCGACGAGGUGAAGAUAUACAGUUGCGACAGGUGCAGUUUCGAGACGAUAUUUAAAAAUCACAUGCAAAAACAUAAGAAGGUACACGACGGGUCGACACCCGACGGGGAGGAGAACGUUUUGAAGUGUUUGAAGUGUAACUUCCGAACGGAGCGGCAGUUUGAGCUGAUUGCUCACAACUUCACGCAUAUACUCGAGAAAUGCAGCAACAAGGCGAACAAGGGGGCGUGAACGCGAGGGGGACUUUUUUUAAAUUGUAUAAUGAGACUUUUAAAUAUAUUACGUUAUUCGCUCGUUUGGUCUUCUUUGGUGGUCUUUGUCACAUAAUAUUUUUCCUCUUCAAUUUGUUUAUAGUGU